GACCAAGUUGCAAGAUGCGCGCGUGGGAGCAGCACGUGCAAGGGUCGCCGAAACUCGGACACAUAUAAACACGACACGUGUGAGUCGCCGUCCCCGAAUAAAAUACAUGAAAUUGCAGUUCAAACCCCCCCUUUUUCCUUCACCAUUAUUUCCUAUUACGCCUCUCCUCCUUUUCAUUUCAGUCUAAUUAUUUAAAAAGAAAAAAAAUAAACAAGUUCGAAAAACAGGGUCUUUGAUCCGAAGAAAUUAACGAAGUAGCAGCAACCAUGGUGCAGUUGAUGAAGACGGCCGCCGCUGAACCGGAACCGCAGACCGAAAAGACGGCGGCGGCGGCGGUGAAGACGGAGGAGGUGGUGGUGGAGGAUUCCUUAGAGGAACAACACGGCCCUCUUUACAAACGCCCCAAACAGAGUUUGGAAAUUGGGGGUUUCACAGUGCCACCUUCGCAAUACAACCCGUUAGCCGAGCCCAGCCCGUUAGGUUUGCGCCUGAGGAAAAGCCCGUCACUCCUCGAGUUAAUCCAAUUGAAGCUUUCUCAAUCAACCUCCCCGAAAAGUGGGGCCCACACUAAAAAGGAUUCGAAAGCCGGCGCUUCCUCUUCUGUCGAUAAGCUGAAGGCUUCCAAUUUUCCGGGCUCUGUUCUUCGAAUCGGUAGCUGGGAGUAUAAAUCGAGAUACGAAGGGGAUUUGGUGGCGAAAUGCUAUUUUGCAAAGCAUAAGUUGGUUUGGGAAGUUCUCGAUGGUGGUCUCAAGAAUAAGAUCGAAAUUCAGUGGUCGGAUAUUAUGGCUUUGAAGGCGACUUACCUAGAUGAUUCACCCGGGACUUUACAUGUUGUGCUUGCACGACAACCUCUUUUCUUUAGGGAGACUAAUCCACAACCUAGGAAGCACACUCUUUGGCAGGCCACCUCGGAUUUUACCGAUGGGCAAGCUACUUUACAUAGGCAACACUAUCUUGAGUGCCCGCAAGGCUUGUUGGGGAAACAUUUCGAGAAGUUAAUGCAAUGUGAUCCCCGUUUGAGUUUUCUCAGUCAGCAAGGGGAAAUAGCAUUAGAUUCUCCGUAUUUGGAAACUGGAAUUUCCGGUUACGAUAAUCAAAAUGAAAACAAUAAUGAGUUGGAUUUGAAUAGAGAAGGAAGUCCCUCGUUUUUCAGCUUACAAGAUACUGCUUCACCUUCAGGGGCACAAUCGUCUUCCUCAAAGAAUGAUCUAGAUGCUUUUGGUAGACAUUCGGAAUCUUACCCUCGUGAGACGCCUUCUCCAAUUUCAGUCAUGGACACAUCAACAGUCGACUACAUGAAAACCGGCAGAACCGAGCAGCUCAAGUGGGACCAGAUAAAGGUACCCGGGACCCACUCGUCCAUGUCAAUGACCGAUUUAGUCAACCACCUCGAACAUCGAAUAUCCGAGCAAGGAAUAUCAGCAUCAUCAUCUCAGAAUCCGAUUCUCUCGAGCGACGAAUGGCAGAGCUUGCAAAUAUUGGACGAUAUCCAACGGUGCUUAUUCACCGAAAAUAAUAAUAAUAGUCAACACUCGCCCGAUGCAGAUGAGAAGUCACUCAUGUCGAGGGUCAACUCCCUUUGCUGCCUCUUGCAGAAAGAUAAAGAUAACGAUAAUGUAAAGAGAGAAGACGACGAGAACCGUGGCGAUGUCAACGGGGUUUCUUCUUCUAUGUCGAGGAAAGAUUCUGCUGGGGAUCUGUUGCUUAAUUUGCCUAGGAUAGCUUCUUUGCCGCAGUUCUUGUUCAAUAUCUCCGAAGAUUAUGAGAAUCGAGCUAGGUGAAUAAUGUUCAUGUGACUUUUAGUACUAAUAAGAUGUUAUAUGUAUAUGUAGUUGUGUAAUUGCUCCUUUUUUUUCUUUUUUUUUUUUUUGGAGUAGAAGAUUCGAAUUGACGGUGAAACCUGAAACUUGUGUUGUAUGUAUACAUGUGUGUUUUUGUUAACUUAAAAGAAAAAAAGAAAUAAAGAAAGGGCUUUGAAAUGUCUA